CCGACCUGCCUGACCCGGUCCCGGGCGGAAAGGGUGCGGGUCCUGCCCGCCCCCAAGCCGGGGGCGGAGCUUCGCUGACCCGGGAGCACAAUAAAUCCGCAGCCCGCCGCUGCGAACUGUCCCUUUGAGCCCCACCGAGACCUGCAGUUGUCAGCGCUGAGCACGGCUCCCCGGGAGACAGACAGACAGACAGACGGCUGGCUGGGCCGGGGCACGGCUGCAGGGGCCGCCGGACGAGUUGGGGGGAGGUGGACGGGCAGACGGAGAGGCAGACGCGUAGACGAAGAGGAGAGACAGGGAGGCGGACGAGCGCGGCGGGGAUCCACAGGUUCCGGGCGCGGGAGCCCCGGCCGAGCCCCCGUCGCGGCCUCCUGCAGGGGCCCGAAGGGGCCAGGCGUAGGCCUCGCCGCGGAGGCCGAGACCCCCCGCCUCCCCGCAGUCGUGCGUCCCGGGGCAGCGGGGCGCCCGCACCUGCCCCAUGGCCGCCGUCGAGGCCGGGGCGCCGGCCGUGUUCGGAGCCUGGGACUACGGCGUCUUCGCGCUCAUGCUGCUGGUGUCCACGGGCAUCGGGCUGUGGGUCGGGCUGGCGGGGGGCGGGCAGCGCAGCGCCGAGGACUUCUUCACUGGCGGCCGGCGCCUGGCGGCCCUGCCCGUCGGCCUCUCGCUGUCGGCCAGCUUCAUGUCGGCCGUGCAGGUGCUGGGCGUGCCGGCCGAGGCCUACCGCUACGGCCUCAAGUUCCUCUGGAUGUGUCUGGGCCAGCUGCUCAACUCCCUGCUCACCGCCGCCUUCUUCCUGCCCGUCUUCUACCGCCUGGGCCUCACCAGCACCUACCAGUACCUGGAGCUGCGCUUCAGCCGCGCCGUGCGGCUCUGCGGGACCCUGCAGUACCUGCUGGCCACAAUGCUGUACACCGGCAUCGUGAUCUACGCCCCCGCGCUCAUCCUCAACCAAGUGACUGGGCUGGACAUCUGGGCGUCGCUCCUGUCCACCGGAGCCAUCUGCACCUUCUACACGACUGUGGGCGGCAUGAAGGCUGUGAUCUGGACUGACGUGUUCCAGGUCGUGGUGAUGCUGGCUGGCUUCUGGGUUGUCCUGGCCCGUGGGACUGUGCUCAUGGGCGGCCCCAGGCACUUGCUCCAGCUGGCCCAGAACCACUCCCGGGUCAACCUGAUGGACUUCAACCUGGACCCACGGAGUCGCUACACAUUCUGGACUUUUGUGGUGGGCGGCACAUUGGUGUGGCUCUCAAUGUACGGUGUGAACCAAGCACAGGUGCAGCGCUAUGUGGCCUGCCGCACAGAGAAGCAGGCCAAGCUGGCCCUGCUCAUCAACCAGCUGGGCUUGUUCCUGAUCGUGUGCAGCGCUGCUAGCUGUGGUAUCGUCAUGUUCACAUUCUAUAUUGACUGUGACCCUCUCCUCACAGGGCGCAUCUCUGCCCCGGACCAGUACAUGCCCCUGCUGGUGCUGGACAUCUUCAAGGACCUGCCUGGGGUGCCGGGGCUCUUCCUGGCCUGUGCCUACAGCGGCACCCUCAGCACCGCCUCCACGAGCAUCAACGCCAUGGCUGCCGUCACCGUGGAGGACCUCAUUAAACCUCGGCUGCCGAGCCUGGCGCCCCAGAGACUCGUACUCAUCUCCAAGGGGCUCUCACUCAUCUACGGCUCAGCCUGCCUCACCGUGGCGGCUCUGUCCUCGCUGCUGGGGGGCGGCGUCCUCCAGGGCUCCUUCACCGUCAUGGGAGUCGUCAGCGGCCCCCUCCUCGGAACCUUCAUCCUGGGAAUGCUCCUCCCCGCCUGCAACACGCGGGGCGUGCUCAGCGGGCUGGCCGCGGGCCUGGCGCUGUCGCUGUGGGUGGCGGUGGGCGCCGCCCUCUACCCGCCCAGCGCGCAGUCCAUGGGGGUCCUGACGUCAUCGGCCGCCGGCUGCGCUGAGCCCCCCGCCAACGUCUCCGGCCUCCUGGGCCCGCUCCUCGCCGCCAACGCCUCCGGCGGGGCCCCCAGCCCCGGAAUGGACCCUGGUCGACCUGCCUUAGCUGACAGUUUCUACGCCAUUUCCUAUCUUUAUUAUGGUGCCCUGGGCACGCUGAGCACUGUGCUAUGUGGAGCCCUCGUCAGCUGCCUGACAGGCCCCACCAAGCGCAGUGCCCUGGGUCCUGGACUGCUGUGGUGGGACCUCACACGGCAGACGGCAUCGGUGGCCCCCAAGGAAGAAGUGGCCACCCUGGACGACACUUUGGUGAAGGGUGCUGAGGAACUGCCACCUGGAGCCAAGAGGCCUCCUGACUUCCUGCCUACUGAUGAGGACCAUCUGCUCUUCCUCGAGCAGAAGGAGGGGAAUGGAGCUGGCUCCUGGACCCCUGGCAGUGAACAUGAUGGUGGUGGUGACCUGCGGGAAACUGACCUCUGAGCCAGCCGGGGACUGCCACCUGGGAUGGAACCUCAGGGUGGGCCAAUCCCAGGCCACGGACCAAUGACCUUGGGCUCUGAUUGGCUGGACUGUGAUGUAUGUAAACGAGCUUGGGACAGCAGGUCCCGCCCUGUGGGAAGAGGUGAAGCCCCGCCUCCAGGAGGUCAUCUAUCCAGCCCCCAGCUUCCAGCCAGCCCCUAGUCUUAGAUGCUGCACCCCUGCCUGCUUGCCAAAAAUGAGGCCGAAUAUUUCUCUACCUACAAUAGAAAGAGGUUGGAGUCUCCUCUGGACAACAUGGGAAACCCCCAGGCCCAGCACGAGGGUCUAAGGAAGUCCCCAGCUCUCCCCUGGGAGGUGUCUGAACCUCAGCAAGGAUUUUGGAGGUCCUCAGGCCCGACUCCCUGCACCCCGCAUCACAGGCGGGAAAACUAAGGCCUGGAGAGGAGCAGCCACUUGGCCAAGGUCACAGAGCAAACCAGAGACUCGUGGAGGGUUGGACCCCAGCCCUCCCUCCUCACCCCUUCCUGCUUCCCUCCUCUUGGUGUGCAGACGUCAUGGGACCUUGGGAGCAGGAGGGGAGAGGGAGGAGGAAGUAAUGCUCACAUCUUCCUCCUGGGCCUGGACACUUUCCCCGUCUCAUCCUGAGGACCGCGAACCCACUUUACAGAGGGAGAAACUGAGGAUCAGCGAGGUUGCCUGAGGUCACACAGCGAGUCGGGUCUGGGUGGGGACAGGCCUGGAUGCUGCGUGAUUAGGAGGCUCUGUUACCUUAUGUCACUGGCGACCAGGGUCAGCUGGGCCAGGCAAGCUCUCGUCCCUGGGCCCAGCCUGACCCUUGGCUGGAGACUUCAUCCAUGCAUGUGAAAUAAAUGGAUUCUGGGGCUUGAUGCUCUGUGUUCUCUGGAAAAGUCAUUCUGGCCAUUGCCUCAGAUCUGCUCGGUCAGAUCCGAGUGUGAAUCUCUGUGUCUCCUGCCCCAAGCCUGUGAGCGAAUAACCCUGAGUAUUUAAAGCAUCGGAGUGAGGUGAGCGUUCCCACCCCGGGGUGCAUUGUGCCACCCUCCCUCACACACAGCUUCUCCCCUCCUGACUAGCCCCCCCCAGCAGGCUCCCCUGCUCCCCUUUGCACCCAGACCCUGCAGGCCUGUGUGCUGGCCCUGCACCAGCCCCUGGGGUCUUUGUGACCCUGAGAGCUGGCUGCACCUCCCUCUGCCCACACGCCUGCCCUGGCUCCUGUGGCCCCCAGGAGAGUGUCCGCUGCUCACCUGACAGUCGAGGCCCCUGCACUGGGUUCACCAGGGUCCCCCCGAAAUUCCUGUUCACCUUGGAGCCACAAAACCUGAGCUUAUUUGAAAAUAGGGUCUUGACAGGUGCGCUUAGUUAAAUUAAGGUAAGCUCAUACUGGAUUAGUGCGGGCCCUGAAUCCAAGGACCGUAUCCUUAUAAGAAGAGGAAAAGGGACAGACACAGGGAGAAAGCCACGUGGGCACGGAGGCAGAGACGGGAGUGAAACUUCUACACGGGACGCCAAGGAUCACUGGAGCCACCAGAAGUCAGGAGAGGGGCGGGGGCGGGCUCCUCCCUCAGGGCCUCGGCAGCUGUGCAGCCCUGCCACACCUGGAUUCCGGACUUCUGGCCUCCAGGCCGUGGAGAAUGACUGUCUAUUGCUCUAAGCUACAGCGGCCUCAGGAAACUCGUACAGUGCUCCCCAUCUGGCCUCGGAGCCCUGGGCCUCUGCACAAGCUGUCUUGUGGAGACUUUAGAUUUGCACUUAAAAGGGACCUUGACAAAUUUUAAAUCAGUGACUGAGAAGCAUAAGAAACAGACUUUCCGCUGGUCCAGAGACCUUGCUCAGAGCAGAGCCCAACUCCGGGGUGGGGCUAAGGCUCCCCCAGGCGGAGCCAGCUGCUCUGGCUGGUGGUAUAAAGACCCAGCCACACUGUCGCAUGUGUCAGUUGUCCAUCCCUUUCUAUGGCUGAGAAGUAUUCCAUUGUGUGGACGGACCACAGUUUGUCCAUCCAUUCACCAGUUAAUGGACAUUUGGAUUGUUUCCGUUUGUUGGCCGUUACAAAUAAAGUCGCCGUGAACAUU